GCACGUCGUUCGACAAGUUUAUACUGUUUUUUUUUCCAAUUUGUAAUCCACGUUUAAUAUACGAAUAUGUCUAGUGGAAAAGUGCUCUGAGUGUGUGCAUGCUAUCCACGUGUUAAUGAUUAAAAUCCGCGCUCGUUGUCAGGACAGUAACACGAAAAUCAGACGUUUUCUACUGCGAAUUCACCGGAUUAACCAACAAAUACAGGUUCCUCGCGUCCUGUUGAAGUUUGACAACUGAUCAUCUCUAGACACUUGCUCCAUAAUAAAUUGUUCAUUUUUUAAAUUGAAUUGUUGUACAUACGAAGCUACUUAUCGGCGGUAAAAUGAAUCGGAAUUUAUUGGUGCUGGGGAUCAGCAUAUUGGUGGGAUUUUUAUGCCUCGGACGUAUUAAUGGGCUUGCCGUUAUGAGUGUUGAUAUCGGCAGCGAAUGGAUGAAAGUUGCCAUUGUUUCGCCUGGAGUGCCAAUGGAAAUAGCUCUAAACAAAGAAUCAAAAAGAAAAACCCCAGCAGUGAUAGCAUUCCGAGAAGACGAGCGCCUCUUCGGUGAAGAUGCCCAAGUAGUGGGUGUUCGCUUCCCAAAGAAUAGUUUCUCCUAUAUUCUGGACCUCCUGGGGAAGUCCAUAGACAAUCCAAUAGUUUCCCUCUAUCAAAAGCGUUUCCCCUACCAUGAUAUAAUCGCCGACGAGGAGCGUAACACAAUAGCCUUCAGGAUUGAUGACGGAACGAUCUUCACUCCAGAAGAGCUUCUAGCUCAGCUGCUUCACAAAGCCAAAGAGAUGGCUGAGAAUUCCGCAGGGCAGAAGAUCAAGGAGGCAGUGAUAACAAUUCCUGGUUUCUUCAACCAAGCAGAGAGGAGAGCCAUGAUUCAAGCAGCAGAGUUGGCAGACAUAAAAGCUCUUCAGCUCAUCAAUGAUUACACCGCAGUUGCUCUCAACUACGGAAUCUUCCACAGGAAUGAGUUCAAUGAUACGGCACAGUACAUCAUGUUCUACGAUAUGGGGGCGAGCUCAACAACGGCGACUGUUGUCAGCUAUCAAAACGUCAAAACUAAGGACCGAGGAUACGUCGAAACUCACCCACAAGUGAGCAUCCUUGGGGUGGGGUAUGACAGAACUCUUGGGGGUCUUGAGGUCCAAACGAGAUUGCAACACUACCUGGCUGAGGAGUUCAAUAAACUCAAAAAGACAAGGUCAUCUGUUUUCGAUAGCCCGAGGGCUAUGGCGAAACUCUUCAAGGAAGCUGGAAGAGUUAAAAAUGUUCUGAGUGCCAAUGCUGAUCAUUACGCACAGAUUGAGGGACUCCUCGAUGAACAGGACUUCAAACUUCAGGUGACAAGAGAUAAACUCGAGGAAUUGGCUGCGGAUGUUAUGGAACGAGUCACUGUGCCAAUUAAAAUAGCUCUGGACACCUCACAGCUGGCGAUGGAUGUGAUUAGCCAAGUUAUUCUUGUUGGGGCUGCCACUAGGAUGCCCAAGGUUCAAGAGAUAUUACACAAAUAUUUGAAUAUAGAACUUUCGAAGAAUAUUAAUACUGAUGAGGCUUCUGUACUUGGGGCUGUCUACAAAGCUGCUGAUCUCAGUUCUGGCUUCAAAGUCAAGAAGUUUAUUACUAAAGAUGCAGUUCUCUUUCCGAUUCAUAUUGUUUUUGAUAAAUCGGGGGAGGAGAAGUCUAAACAGGUUCGAAGAACACUUUUCAGUAAAAUGAAUGCAUAUCCUCAGAAGAAAAUCAUCACAUUCAACAAACAUCUGGGUGAUUUCAAUUUCUCAGUGGGUUAUGCUGACCUGGAUCACAUUCCCCCUCAUGAAAUUCCAGCUAUUGGAAUACUCAAUCAAUCGACAGUAUCCUUGACCGGUGUGUCUGAGGCCUUUAAGAAACAUCAGAAAGAGGGAGUAACCGAGAGUAAAGGGAUAAAAGCUCAUUUCGCCAUGGAUGACAGUGGGCUUCUACAACUCGUUAACGUUGAACUAGUCUCUGAAAAAUCCAUAGCGGUUGAAAAAGACGAGGGUACUUUCUCUAAACUUGGUUCUACAAUAAGCAAAUUAUUCUCAGGGUCGGAUGAACCAGAGGCUGAAAAGGUGGAGGAACCAUCGAAAGAGGAUAUCAAGCCGGGGCAUGAGGAGCCAGAGGCUCCACCAGUAGCAGAAACAGUUGCAAAACCGAACUCAACGAAUGGAACAACACCGGAGGAGCCAAAACCCUCGAACCAAACUGAAAAAUCCGAGAAGAAGGUGACACGGACGACCCUGAAGGAACCAAUAUCCUAUUCAGAAACUAAAUAUGGUUCUCAACCGUUGAUAGAUAUCAAGCUGACAGAGUCCAUUGAAAAAAUUAAGAUGCUGGAGUUGAAGGAUCUGGAGAAGGUACGAAGAGAGACAGCUCUGAAUAUGUUAGAGUCUUUCGUUAUCGAAACACAACAGCAUCUUCAGUCUGAGGAGCACAAAUCCGCUGCUGCAAUUGGAGAAAUCGAGAAAAUCAAUGAGGCAUGUAGCUCGACAUUAGACUGGCUCUACGAGGAUGGCUUUGGCCAGUCUGCUGACGUUUAUGAGCUAAAAUUGGAUGAGCUCAAGAAGCUGACUUCAGAACUUUCCGAGAGAGUCUACGAACACCGGGAGAGGCCUGAAGUCCUCCUAGGGAUGGAAUCAAUGUUAAAUGGAAGCAAAAUCUUCUUGAAUAAUAUGAAAAACCUCAGUGGCGGGGAAACCAAAAUUUUUACAGCCAUCGAAAUCGAGACAUUGGAAAGAACUAUCAACGACACUCAGGAGUUCCAUCAGAUAGUCAUUAAGACUGUCACUGAGACAAAGCUUCACCAGCCAAUUAAAUAUAAAGUGAGAGAUAUUGCUAAUAAAAUGGCCCUUCUCGACAGGGAGGUCAAGUAUCUUGUGAACAAGGCAAAAAUUUGGAAGCCAACAACGGUGGAAGAAAAAGUCCCUGAAGGGCCAAUCAGUGAUAACCAAACAGCCAGUACCUCCGAAAGCAAUUCGACAAGCCAUGUGGAGUCUGAGGAAGGUAUCACGACUGAUAACAAAGAGGAUGCUAUUACUGAGGAAGAGUCGCUCGGCUCUACGGCAAGUAAAAAGCUUGAACCAGCUAAAGAAGAGCAGGGAGGAGAAAAAAAUGACGAACAUCUCGAGCUAUGAGAGCAGUGAAAUUUAGGAAAUGUGUUAUAAUAUUUAAUGGAGAUAUUUCUAGAUAAUUAAGCAUGGGGACUUAAUGAGUGGAAUGAAUAUCUGGGUUUUAAUAGCGAUUUUCAUUGUUUAAUAAGGCUGUAAUGUUUCUUACCAAUUGAAUUAUUAAUUUGUGACAUUUUCGACAGGUAUGGCAUGUCAAUUCAAUGAUCGACAUCCAUUUAUUUAUAAAUAAAAUGUAGAUUCGAUUCCCAAAAUUCCACUAUUGUCAACCUUGAUAAUUCCAUUUGUAAUUUAGUGAUCUUUUUUAAGAACUUUUAUUGCAUUUUCAGAAUGAGUGAAAUUCAUUGCGAAAUAAAUUAUGCACAAAUUCAGUGGUUUGAUUGAAUGAUGUACAGUAUUUAAUUAAUUUAGAUAAUUAAUGAACCAAAGGUUCUGGUUUCGUUAGGUGGAAAAAACUAUUAUAAAAAUAAACUAAUCAUUUCCCUCUGCAAAAUUCAAUCCCGGGAGCUGCAAAUGAAAAUCUCAAGUUUUCAUGGUAGCUUGUAAAUUUUUCAAUUUUUUUUUUUUUUAUCAUUUACUCAUUUGGAUUUCCAUUGUAGUGAGGGCAUUUUUCUUCUUUAUAAAUAGAAAAGGUGAUUACUGGCAAUUUAAUUGUUGGGCUCUGCCAAAUAUUUUUUCAUUUUCUUUUUAUUCAGUGAAAUUUGUCGUUUUUUUUUUUGUUCCAGAUAAUAAGACCUUUUAGUUCGUAUUUUAAAUAUGCUUAACAAAAAAAUGAAGUCUCUCCUCUAAUAUUUUCUUAUAUUGUUUUUGUUAUCUGUGCAUACAUGAUGUAGAUGACCAAUCAAUACGAUUAUUUCGUUUCAUUCUUCGCACUUUUAGCGCAAAUUUUAUCUUACGGAUUUUUGUUCAUUUUUAAUUCAUUUUUUGCUUCAUUAUGUUUAUCCCCCUUGGUCAGUUUUAAUAGUGAAAACUGUAUUAUCGUUUAUGAUCGUACACAAAAUAAAAACGGCGUUAUUAUCGAUUGUACAAUAACAAAUACAGGAACAUCGGUAUCAAAUUAAUAAUCUAGAAUGAUUUAUAGUUACUUUUAAUUCAUUAAAUAAAAUGAGGAGAUGAAUGCUUUCAUAAUAAACUAUUGUUUCGUGAAAAAAAAGUUACCUUUUCUAAGUAAAUGAAAGAUGCAAAUGUGAGAAGGUAUUAUGUCUGAUAUGAUCCUCAUCAGUUAUUCUCCAAAAAACAUCUGAAUAUGUGAAAAAAAUGUGUUCAACAGUAAUUAUCUCCUUAUUACAUUUAAUAACCGAUUUAAUGUUUCAGUACUGAUUUAAUUUUUUUUUCAUAUACAAAGACGCACGACGAUUAUUUGAGAAAAUGAACGAAACACAUUAUUCCUCCUAAAUGAAAGAAAAAAAAUGAACAUAAUUAUUUUCAGAUACGAAUAUUACGGAUACGCCUAAGUACACUGUAAUUAAAUUAUUCUCGAUGCCCAAAAAAGUUGAAGUUAAAUCAUGAAAAAAAAAACCAUGACCAAAUAUUAUUUCAGUCUUCAUUAAAAGAAUUAUUGCGGUCGGUAAUUCAUAACGCCGGAAUGCUGUUUAGAGCAAAUAAAAUGUAUGAAAUUUACUUUUUAACGAUUUUUUUUCCUCUCAGAUGGUACAAUGUAUCUGCAUUAUAAUAAUGUACUGAAAAUCA